AGACUAGGACACACGCAUGUCAGUUGUGUGUAUUCAAUAAAAUCGCUCAGGCAUGUUGAGCCAAUUGAAACGUUUCUUGCAACGCCAACAACAUCUAUCCGGCAAAUUUUUCUUUGUUCCUUCCCGAACAGAUUUAGUACUGCCUUUUUGAUUAGUCGAAAUGUUCGCAUAUCUAAUUAUCAUAUCACUUACGGAACACAUGCACCGAAUGCAAACUAAGCAGAUUGAUAUAAACACACAUAUAGUAAUCCGCUGAAUAUUUGAUGUAAAGGACUUGAACAUGUAAACAUUCAAAAUUUGUGUUGUAUUACACGUGUGUCGGAGGUCCACUGCACCGCUUCCGAGCGAUCGGCUUAAAUGGAAAUUUAGAGGGACAUAUAUGAUGUGUUUAUUUUUCUGUUUAAACUGAUUUUGGUCAUUCGUUUUCUUCUGUACAAUAUGGAUAAUAUGAAUAAGACGGGUUCUGAUACGGGUACUGAGGAGAGAACCAUCAAGAGGAUCCUCAGAGAGCGUUCGUCAAGACGUCCCCUUCAGUUAAAACUAAGACAAAAAAGACAGACGAUGCAAAACAUGACGAGACCCUUAAAACAAUGGCUUUGCAAAAACCGAGACAACCCAUACCCCUCAAAAUUGGAGAAAGAGAUCCUCGCCCGCGAAUCUCAGAUGACCAACACUCAAGUCUCCAACUGGUUCGCCAACGCGAGGAGGAGACUGAAGAAUGCCGUGAAAGGGGACAACAUCCCGUGGUCCACGCGAGUCAAAUUGUAUAACAACAGCGUGCCUGGCAACGCCGAGCUGCUCAGCAUCAGCUCAGACGAUAGCAGCUUGUUUGAUUCGGAUGAUAAUGACGAUUCAUUAACGAACACAGACGAACUGAAUCCCGCUCCUGAUCAACGAGUUGGAUUCAAUCCGGUAACAGACGAUCCACCGCCUAAUGAUGAUGUUGUUGUUCCCUCUAGAUCUCAGACUCCUACCAGCGGAUUUUUUCCACCGGGCUUGGAAUCUGAUUUCCACAAGCCUUUCAGAGAAUGCAUGUAUGGGCCUCAAAGUAAAUUUAAACAGACAAUUUUACAGCGUUACUUGAGUGACACAUGCAACCAGGCUUCUGCCACUCAUGUUGACAUGGAAAUGUCAGCAUUCAACAAAACUCGAUCUCGGAAACCAUCAGGGUCUAUAGGAUCACGUGACUACGAAGAAAUGUCGACGGCUUCUGGAUUCUCUUCUGCUGCUGAAAGUCAGUUCUACUACCCGAUGGAUGGUAAGAUGGAAACAUUAACGAAAGGGGUGUCAUAUCUGGGACUUUUAACUCACCUAAGCUCACCCGUCCGUGCGUUCGUCUUUAAACUUUACACAUUUUCGACGUCUUCUUUAGAAUCACUGGGCCAAUGCCAACCAAACUUGGUGCAGAGCAUCCUUGGGUGAAGGGGAUUCAAAAUUGUGCUAAUGAAGGGUAAUGUCCCCUUUCAAGGGAAGAUAAUUAAGAAAAGGUAAAUAUAGGGUGGGGUCUUUUAAAUAUCUUCCUCUCAAGAACCACUGGGCUAGAAAAGAUGAGAAAUAUAUGGAACCUUCCUGACAUAGUGUAGAUUUUUCAUGUCAUGGUCCCAGGAGAUGGGAUAGGGCCACCACAAGGGAUCAAAGUUUUACUUAUGAAUACAUAGGAAAUAAUUUUUAGCUCACCUGAGCUGAAAGUUCAAGUUAGCUUUUCUGAUCACCCGUUGUUCGUCGUCUGUCUGUAAACUUUUCAUACUUUCGAUUUCUUCUCCUGAACCACUGGGCCAAUUCCAACCAAAAUUGGUACAAAUCAUCCUUGGGUUAAGGGGUUUCAAGUUUGUUCAAAUGAAGGACCAUGUCCUCUUCAGAGGGGAGAUAAUCACAAGAGUGCAAAAAUAGGGUGGGGUCAUUUAAAAAUCUUGCAUGCAAAUUUAUAGGAAAAAUCUUUAAAAGUCGUCUUCUCAAGAACCACUGGGCCAUAAAAGUAGAGAUUUACCUGAAAGCUUCCUGGUACAAAGUAGGUUCACAGAGCUGCUAACCCUCACGAUUUUCACCGUUUGAACCGUUCAAGUUUGUUCAGAUCAUGGCCCCGGAGGUAGGGUGGGGCUACAAUAGGGCAUGCUGAUAUAUAGGAAAUUCAUCUUCUCCAGAACUAAUGGGUCUAUUUCAACCAAACUUGGUACAAAUCAUCCUUUGGUGAAGGGGAUUCAAGGUUGUAUAAAUGAAGGGCCAUACCCCCUUCAAAGGGGAGAUAAUCGCAAAAAUAGGGAGGGUGGCUUAAGAAUCUUCUUUUCAAUAACCACUGGGCCGGAAAAGCUUCCUGGCAUAGUGCAGAUUCAAGUUUGUAAAAAUCAAGUUUUACAUGCGAAUGUGUAGGGAAAAUCUUUAAAUAUGGGCCAAAAUGACUCAGGUGAGUGAUGUAGCCUAUAUUCCUCUUGUUUAAAAAUCAUCUUUUCAAGCACAGCAUGUAUUAAUAUGGAAACAUCAGCAGGUAGUGCGGAUUCAAGUUUCAUAAAAUCGUGGCUCCAUGGGGUAGGAUAGGACCACGAAAAGGGAAUCAAAGUUUUGCAAGGGAAUAUAUGGGGAAAUAUCUUUAAAAAUCUUCUCCUGAAGAACAAGAAGACCAUAAUUAGUCAUAUUGAUAUGCAGGGUAGGUUCAAUUCUAUUCAAAUCAUGGCCUCGGGGAGCAGGAUGGAGCCUCAAUAGGGAUCAAAGUUUAAUAUGGUUUUAUAUGGGGAAAAUCUUCUCAAGAACAACAGGGCCAUGAUUAGUUAUAUUCAUAUGCAAACAUCCUCAGGUAGAGCAGAGUCCAGUUUAUUCAAAUCUUGACCCUGGAAGAUAGGAUGGGGCCAUAAUAGGGAAUCAAAUUUUUACAUGGCAAUGAAUGGAACAUUAUUUUUCAAAAUCUUCUCAAGAAGAAUGAUAGGACCAUAAGUCAUAUUAACAAGCCAGCAUUCUCAGGUAAUGCCGAUUCAAGUUUUGUUUUCAAAUCAAUACCCGGGGUAGCUUUAGGCCUCAGUAGAGGAUCAAAGUUUCACAUGGGAAUGCAUGGGGAGAAAAUUUGAAAAUCUUCUUAUCAAGAACAGGGCCAUCUCUGCAACCCCCCACCCCCACCCCCAAGGCUUUGCCCUGGACUCACUAGGUCCCCAGACAUCCAGCAGUUUAUAUACAAUCAUCCACAGGCAGUGUGGAUUCAAGUUUGGUUUGAUGAUAGACCCGGGAUGUAGGAUGGGUUCACAUUACGAAAUAAAAAAAUUGUAUGAAAUACUUAUUUUUAAAAACUCUCUAAAAUUAAAAUUUUCUUUUCAAGAAUCACUGGCUGUUAUCAGUUGUAUUAAUUUCCAAGUAUUUUAAUGUAAUGCAAUUUCAUAUUUGAUCAGAUAUUGGCCCUAUGCGCCUAGGGUGGGGGCUAAAACAUAGAUUCAAAGUUUUACAUGAGAAUAUGUAGGAAAUUAAAUUUGGAAGAAUUCUUUACAAGAGUAGCAGCAGGGACACACUAAAUCAUAUUAAUAUGCUAGCAUUCCCAAGUUGUGUGGAUUCAAGUUUUUUAUCGCUAUCCUGCCUGCCCGUCCAUCUGAGCUCAUAUCUCCUAAACCUUUCAUCAGAAAUUGAUAAUAAUUGAUCACAAAUAUUCCUUGGGACAAGGACUUAAAGGGUAAAAGUUCUGUGGGAAUUAGAGAGUAAACAAUCUAAAUGUUCUGAAGAAUAGCAGGACCAAAAUGAUUCAGGUGAGCGUUGUGGCCCAUGGGCCAAUUGUUUCAUAAAUAUUGACCUCAACAUCAAAGGUUGCCCAUUUAGUUCCACUUGAAAUCUGAAAAUGACCCCAUACAUGUAUCAAUAUGCACCUGUUAGGUUUCUUAAGUGAAAGAUGACUUUUUGAAGGACUUUUGGAAGGUUAUCUCUUCAGAUAACGUGUAAUGAACUUUAUACAAGCAUGGGUCAGUAACAAAGAUCAUCAAGUGAGAAAUAUCGGAUCCUUAUCAAUACCAGCUUUUGUUUAUUUCUCUGAGGUAACUGCUGGUAGUGUAUUCAAGUUCAAUGAAAUGUAAGCUCCAGCACCACCGAUUUACACACUAAAGGUGUAGAAAACAAUCAAGACAUCGCGUAUGGAAACGAAAUAUCUCUUUUUUGUAUAACAUAUGCAGAGUUUGGCAGGUGUUCCCACGAUUAAUGCGUGAAUCAUGGAAGUAGAUGUAAUAGU